ACUGAAAAGGCGCUUGCCACAUUUAACAAAGCAAUCGCUAGUAACCCCAAAUCUCCACUGUGCAAGUUCCAUAGAGCGUCGGUCUAUUUCGCCUUGGGCAGGCACGUCGAAGCUCUCAAAGAAUUAGAAGAACUCAAAGAAAUCAUACCCAAAGAAUCUUCAGUUUAUUACCUCAUAGGGAAAGUGCAUAAAAAAUUAGGCAACACCGAUUUAGCGUUGCAACACUUCAGCUGGGCCACAGACUUGGAUCCGAAAGGAGCCAGUAACCAGAUUAAGGAGGCGUUCGAUCCCGCCAUCGGUCGAAAUACCGUGGAUCCGGAGGAAAGUCCUUUAUCGCCAGCUCUGGACGAGUAUCCAUCGGAAAGUAAUUCGGGUAAGCCAUCAUAUUAG